AGUGGUUAGGAGAGUAAAAUAGUAUGGGACAAUCUCAAAUGGACAUACAAGACCUAUCAAACAAGAACCGAAAAAAAUAGAAAAAAGAAUUGAGUAGUGUUUGUAGUAUCUGUACGAAAACAAAAAACCAGAAGGGUGUCGGGAGAAAGGCGAAACUUGGUAUCGUAUGACAGUGAGGUGACAUCUAACUCCCAACUCAACUCGACUCACCUCACCAUUUCUGCAAUUCUCUCUCUUUCUCUUUCUCAUCUCUCUCUUCUUUCUCUCUCCUCUUUCUUCUUCAUCACUUUCACCUUCAUUCUCAUAUUACCUUAAUUCCUUACCUCCAAUGGCGUCCUACAUUGAUCUAGAAGAUUCACCUAUGUUUCACAAGCAGGUGUUUUCGAUGGAACAGACUACCGAUGAACUAAAGGAUCGUUGCCAGAGACUUUAUAAAGGAUCCCAGAAAUUGCUGGCUGCUCUUUCUGAAGCUUAUGAAGGUGACACCACUUUUGCAGAUGCUUUAAAAUCCUUUGGGGGACAGGAUGAUCCUUUGAGUUUAUCUAUAGGAGGUCCACUAAUUUCUAAGUUCACCAGCGCUUUCCGGGAGCUUGCAACUUACAAGGACCUUCUUCGGUUGCAGGUGGAACAUGUUUUAGUUGAUCGUCUCCAACAAUUUGUAUCUGUUGAUCUCCAAGAUGCGAAGGAUGCCCGCCGACGAUUUGACAAAUCUAUAUAUGCCUAUGAUCAGGCACGUGAAAGAUAUGCCUCACUGAAGAAAAGCACACGUGAAGACAUUGUUGCUGGACUAGAAGAGGACCUACACAACUCCAAAUCAGCAUUUGAGAGAAAUCGAUUCAGUCUGGUGAAUUCUCUCAUGAAUGUUGAAUCAAAAAAGAAAUAUGAGUUUUUAGAGUCUUUCAGCGCAAUCAUGGAUGCUCACCUUAAAUAUUUCAAGCUGGGAUAUGAAUUAUUAAGUCAAAUGGAGCCCUUGAUACAUCAGGUAUUAACAUAUGCACAGCAGUCAAAAGAGGUUGCAAAUGCCGAGCAAGACAAACUUGCUAGAAGAAUGCAGGAGUUCAGGACUCAAGUGCAAUUAGACAACUUACGUGUAACAAGUAACACAGAAGCCUCAACAAGCAUUGACAGUACUCGGCCUACUCGCCCUGUCGGUAUGGGUUCCUCAUGCAAAGAUAUAGAGGCAAUUAUGCAGUCUAAUACUAAUGGGAUGGUCCAAACCAUCAAGCAAGGUUACCUCCUAAAACGAUCUUCAAGCUUGAGGGCAAAUUGGAAGAGGCGAUUCUUUGUGCUUGACAGUCGUGGAACAUUAUAUUAUCAUAGAACCAAGGGGCCAAAACCAGUGGGUCCUCAUUCAAACCAAUCUACUUCUGUUGGAGAGCAAAGUAACAGUGUGUUUGGGAGAUUUCGGUCAAAGCAUAAUAGGACGCCAUCUUGGACUGAAGAUAGCCUUGGCUGUCGUACUGUUGAUCUUCGUACAUCAACAAUUAAGAUUGAUGCAGAGGACAGAGAUCUCCGUCUUUGCUUUCGAGUAAUUUCGCCAUCAAAAACAUACACAUUGCAGGCUGAAACUGAGGCGGAUAGAAUGGAGUGGGUCAACAAAAUCACUGGAGUUAUUACUUCACUUUUGAAUUCUCACUUAGAACAGGAGCCAUUUGCUCCAGUUGUUGAAAAUCAUAGCUCAUGUAUUGCGAGUGAAGCUAUGUCAAAUACCCCUAUCUCACAUAGUCGAAAUUUGAGCAAUGAUACGGAGAAGCUCACAAUUGGUGUCUCUCGACUCCUUCAGCAAAUUCCUGGAAAUAAUCAGUGUGCAGAAUGCAGCGCUCCUGAGCCUGAUUGGGCCUCAUUGAAUCUUGGCAUCUUGAUGUGUAUCGAAUGCUCAGGUGCCCAUCGCAAUCUUGGUGUUCACAUCUCAAAGGUUCGAUCUAUAACGUUGGAUGUCAAGGUUUGGGAGCCAACAGUGUUGGAAUUAUUUCAAGCACUUGGUAAUGCUUACUGCAACUCUGUGUGGGAGGAACAACUGUCUGUUGAUGGGAGAAAAGAAGAAUCAGAAAGUUCUGUUACGUCCAUUGUGAAACCAUCUUCGAAUGAUUCUUUCAGCAAGAAGGAAAAGUAUGUCCAGUUGAAGUAUGCAGAAAAGAAGCUACUUAGCCUGAAUGCAACUGAUUCAGUCAUCGGUUCACGAGCCAGUGCUCUGUGGGAAGCAGUUAGAACUAGUAACCUGUGUGAAGCUUAUCGACUGAUUGCUGUAUCAGAUGCCAGUGUCUUAAAUACUACUUAUGAUGAAAUACACUCUGCUGAUUUGAGUAGAUUGGAAGAAGAGUUGGGCAAAGAUGGUCACAAGUUGGAUCCAGCUACAUGCCCAAGGUUAAGGGGUGGUGAACCUGAAAGAUGUCUACGUGGUUGUUCAUUGUUACACUUGGCAUGCCAUUUUGGCAAUACUGUGAUGAUUGAACUUUUGCUGCAAUCUGGUGCUGAUGUUAAUAUGCGUGACUUUCAUGGAAGGACUCCUUUGCACCACUGCAUUGCAAGAAAGAAUGAUGAGUUGGCAAAGUAUCUUCUAAGAAGAGGUGCUAGAAGACUUAUUAAGGAUUGGGGAGGACUGACUGCACUAGAAAGAGCUAUGGAGUUGGGAUCAAUUACAGACGAUGUGCUCUUCAUUUUGCUUUCUGAAAACGAGUAACAAAUUUUUUACACGAACUGUGUUGUACGAAAGCCACAAAGGUACAGUGUGUUAACUUUUAUAAAUUUAUACUUGUAUUAAUCUGGCUUGUGUAAUUCAAACUAUGUAAAUUAUAGUCAUGUAUAUGCAAGCAUGUAUCAUAUAUUCAUAUAUAUGAAACCAGGUUCAAUCCAAUUUUAACCA